GUUUUAAGUCGUUUACUCAACAAAGUUCUAUGAAUAAUCAUAGAAAAUUACACACUGGAGAAAAAACUCAUCAAUGUAAAAUUUAUGAUAAAUCAUUUUCCGGACUAUAUAGUUUAAAGGAACAUACAUAUAUGAGAGUGCGCACUGGUGAAAAACCGCAUCAGUGUGAAAUUUGUUUAAAUUCGUUUUCUGCAAAGGGAUCUUUGAAAGUACAUAGUAGAAUGCACAUUGGAGAAAAACACACUGAGGAAAAACCUUAUGCGUGUGAAACUUGUUUUAAGUCGUUUUCCAGACCAGAAUAUGUAUAUAAUCGAUCAUGCAGUCUAAAGAAUCAUAUGAGAGUGCAUAGUGGUGAAUAAACUUAUCAAUGUGAAAUUUGUUUUAAGUCGUUUACUCAAAAAGUUCUAUGAAUAAUCAUAAAAGAUUACACACUGGAGAGAAAACUCAUCAAUGUGAAAUUUGUGAUAAAUCAUUUUCCGGACUAUAUAGUUUAAAUGAACAUAUAUGAGAGUGCACACUUGUGAAAAACCGCAUUAGUGUGAAAUUUGUUUAAAUUCGUUUUCUGCAAAGGGAUCUUUGAAAGUACAUAGUGUGUGUGUUCACAGUGGGGAUGGCAUUAGAUAAACUUUUUGCCACAGAUAUAAAGUACAUAGUAGAAUGCACAUUGGAGAAAAACACACUAAGGAAAAACCUUAUGCGUGUGAAAUUUGUUUUAAGUCGUUUUCCAGAGCAGAAUCUGUUAAAAAACAUAUGAUGUCACACACAGGGGAAAAACCUUAACAAUGUGAAAUUUGUUUUAAAUCAUUUGCGCAAUCAAACUGUCUAAAGAAGCAUACAAGAGUGCAUACAAGUGAGAAACCUUAUCAGUGUGAAAUUUGUUCUAAGAGGUUUUCUCUAAAUUCUACUUUGAAAUUACAUACUAGGACACACACUAGAGAAACACCGUAUCAAUGUGAUAUUUGUUUCAAAUCAUCUUCCCAAAUAAAUAAUCUAAAGGAACAUACAAGAGUGCAUACUGGUGAGAAACCUUAUCAGUGUGAUAUUUGUUUGAAGAGGUUUUCUCUAAAGCGUACUUUGAAAAGACAUACUAGAACACACACUAGAGAAACACCUUAUCAAUGCAAAAUUUGUUUGAAAUCUUUCUCCCGACGAGAUUAUUAGAAAAAACAUAUGAGAUUGCAUGCUAGGAUAAAAUCUUCCUAGUGCUUUACUUACUCCAAAUAGAAAAGUUCGAGAAAAAUGCUCCAGGAGACCUGAUGAUGCUUACCAAAUUUUUGUAUGCAAAACCGGUUGUCAAAGGUUUUCUGGAGAAGAAUAAAAUGCAAAUAAUAAAAACUAUGCCAGAAUUUACACGUAGCAAGGAACGAUGUCUAAGUCAGCCCACCGAAAAUCUUUUAUGUCCAACUUGUAACAAGCAGUUUUCUAGGAAGGACUCUUUAAAAAAACAUCUUAAGGGACAUAUUAAACCCUUUUCAUGUCAUAUUUGCUUUAAGUCGUUUUCUUUUAAUUAUAGUUUGAAAAUACAUAUGAGAGUGCAUACUGGUGAGAAACCGUAUCAAUGUGAAAUUUGUUUUAAGUCGUUUGCUCAACACAAUUCUAUAAAUAAACAUAGAAGAUUGCACACUGGAGAAAAAACUCAUCAAUGUGAAAUUUGUGAUAAAUCAUUUUCCGAGCUAUAUAGUUUAAAAGAUCAUAUGAGAGUGCACACUGGUGAGAAACCGCAUCAGUGUAAAAUGUGUUUAAAGUCGUUUUCUGCAAAGUAUAAUUUGAAAUUACAUAGUAGAACGCACAUUGAAGAAAAACACAAUGAGGAAAAACCUUUUAAAUGUGGAAUUUGUUAUAAGUCGUUUUCCCGACAAGAAUAUGUGAAAAAACAUAUGAGAUCACACACUGGUGUAAGACCUUAUCAAUGUGAAAUUUGUUCUAAAUCAUUUGCUCAAUCAAACUGUCUAAAGAAGCAUACAAGAGUGCAUACUGGUGAGAAACCUUAUCAUUGUGAAAUUUGUUUGAAGAGGUUUUCUCUAAAUUCUACUUUGAAAUUACAUACUAGAACACACUCUAAAGAAGCACCUUAUCAAUGUGAGAUCUGUUUCAAAUCAUUUUCCCAACCAGAUAGUCUAACAGAACAUACAAGAGUACAUACUGGUGAGAAACCUUUUCACUGUGAAAUUUGUUUGAAGAAGUUUUCUCUAAAGCGUACUUUGAAAUCACAUAUUAGAACACACACUAGAGAAACACCUUAUCAAUGUGAUAUUUGUUUCAAAUCAUUUUCCACACUAAAUAAUCUAAAGGAACAUACAAGAGUGCAUACUGGUGAGAAACCUUAUCAGUGUGAAAUUUGUUUAAAGAGGUUUUCUAUAAAGCGUACUUUGAAAAGACAUACUAGAACACACACUACGGAAACAUCUUAUUAAAGCAAAAUUUGUUUUGAGUCUUUUUCCCGACGAUAUUAUUUGAAAAGGCAUAUGAGAUUGCAUGCUAGGAUAGAAUCUUCAUAAUGCUUUCUUCUUCUUCUACGGCACUACAGCCCAAAUUGAGCCUUGGCCUCCUUUAUUUUUUGCCUCCACCGUUGCUUGUCUGUGGCUGCUUGUCUUCCCAGCUCUUUCUUGGCUUUCCAACCGGUCUCUUUCCCUGCAUUCUAGCAUUCAGUGCUCUUUUUGGUAGCCUAUCCUCUUCCACUCUUAUCACAUGUCCGGCCCGUUGCAAUCAUUGUAUUCUAAUGAAGUCUGACAGGGGUGUUUCCUCGAUAAAGCUCGUUGUUGUAUCGACUUCUGAAGAUUCCGUAUUCCCUCACAGGUCCUAGUAUUCUCCUCAGUACUUUCCUUUCGAAUGUGUUUGUUUUUGGAGGUUUCUUUCAGGACCUAGGCUUCACUGCCAUAGCCUGUUAUUGGUCGAAUUAAGGUUUUAUAGAUUCUCAUCUUUGUAUUUCGGUGGACACUUUUGGGAGAGGGCAAAAUAAGUUCUGUUUGCCUGCGUUAUUCUCUUCCUUAUUUCUCCAUCUUCUGAUCCGUCGGCACAUAUUUCUACUCCCAGGUAUGUAAACUUUAUAAUCGUUUCAAUGUCAUCCUCAUGUAUAAUGUUUUGUGAGACUGUAUUCCUUCUCGUCUGAGUCAUUAUUUUUGUCUUUUCUGUGUUAAUUUCCAUACCUAGCAUUUUUGUUUGUGUUUGUAACUCUGCGUAUGUUUCCUGUGUUCUGUUGAUGUUCUACUCAUAUUAAUAUCAUCGGCAUAAGCGGCCAGUUGAACCGUUUGGUUGGUCACUAGGUUUUCUCGUCCAGUUUUCAUUUGCCUAACCGCAUACUCCAGCGCCAGGUUAAACAAUGUUGGCCAAUUCAGCCAAUAUACAGGGUGUUUUAUUAAAAUAAUUGUCCAUAUAUUAACUGGAAAAACAUUAGCAGAAAAUGCGAAGAUUUAACCUAAAAUACUUAAAUAAAAUGUGGUUCCUUACUGAGUUACACGGUGUUUUAUCUAAAAAUUUAAAAACUAUUUUUGCUCAAUAUUUUAAACCUUUUCAUACGUAGCAGAAAGUGCGACUACCAUACACCCUACUAAAUUCUGAUAAACAAACGUUUCUAGCUACUACCAGAGGCGUACGACAGGGGAUAGUGAAUGGUUGACCCUUCUCAAAUUCUACGGCACUGGAGGAAUUACUAUUGGAGAAUCCAAAAAUUAAACUAAAAUAGCAAUUCCGCCAGUGGCGUAGAAUUUGGAAAGGGUCAACCAUUCACUUUCCCCCGUCGUACGCCUCUGGUAAUAGCCAGAAACGUUUGUUUAACAUAAUUUAGUAGCUUGUACAGUACCUAUACUUCCUGCUAAGUAUGAAAAGGAAACUUUUAAUAGUUUUAAAAUGCUGAGCAAAAAUAGUUUUUAAAUUUUUAGACAAAACACCCUGUAACUCAGUAAGGAACCACAUUUUAUUUAAGUGUUUUAGGUAAAAUCUUCGUAUUUUGUGCUAAGGUUUCUCCAGUUACUAUAUGGACAAUUAUUAAUGAAACACCCUGUAUAGUAUAGUUUGUUCCUUUUGACUGAGUCGUAUGCCUGUUUGAAGUCUACAAACACGUUGUGAACAUCAAUAUCGUGUUCCCAUAAUUUGCUCAAGAUCUGUUUGACUGUAAAUAUUUGAUCCAGUAUCGAUCUUCUGUUAGUGGUUGGAGUCCUCCUCCUCAGUCGUUUCCUCAUUGCUGAGUGUCGUGAUUCCCUAUAAUACGAGCAACUGUCUCUUUCCAUCGGCUUCUGUCCUGAGCUUCCCUCAUGGAUUCAGAGAAUGUUUUUCCACUGGCUUUCUGUACUUGAUCCGUCCAUCGAGUAGGUGAGCGACCUCUAUUUCUGCGCCCUUCAACGUUUCCCGAAAUUAUAAGUCUCUCAAGAUUAUCAUCACUUCUUCUUGCAAUAUGGCCCAAAAAUUUUAAGACGGUGGAGAGGCAAAUAGAGGAAAGUCGAGUCUGAAUAUUAAGCUCUUGGAGGUUUGAGUGAUUUGUUCUGUGUUCCGUCCAUGAGAUCCGAAGCAUUCUUCUCCAGCACCACAUUUCAAAGGCGUCAAUCCUUUUUCUGUCGUCCGAUUUCAUUGUCCAUGCUUCGGAUCCGUAAUUAAAUAUGGGAAAAAUUAAGGCACGUACUAAUCUUAUUUUGGUGUUCUUCGACAAGGAGCGAUCUUUCCAGAUUUUCGAUAAUCGACUCAUAGCGUUUUUGGCCAUGCCUAUUCUCCUACGUAUUUCUGUUUCACAAGAUCCUGUAUUACUGAUGUAGGAUCCUAGAUAAUUGAACUCGUUAACCACUUCAAACUGGUCUAUAAUUUAAGGUCGUUGGAGUCACUGGUUUAUAAUAUAAUAUACGUGAGGACUUUAUAUUAUUAUGCUUUAUAUAGUAGAGAUUCCACGGUAAUUUUUGCACUGGAGUUUGUCUCCUUUUUUAUAGAUCGGGCAUACUAUACUUUUCUGCCAGUCGUCGGGCAUUUUCUCUUCUUGCCAUAUGUCUUUGAUGAGCACGUAGAUGUGACUUUCUAGGUUGUCGCCACCUACCUUAUACAGUUCUGCUGGUAUUUCGUCAACUCUCGGAGCUUUAUUGUUUUUCUGGACCUUAAUAGCUUCCAGAACUUCCUCUAUGGUUGAAGCUUCUACUCCAUUCUCUACUUCAUUCGCUUCUACGUAGUUCAUACCCAUUUCAUCUUCCAUGUCUACUUGUGUUCCAAGUAGGGUCUGAAAAUAAUGCUUCCUGGUUUCCGUGAAUUUCUCUUGGUCACUGAUUAUUUGCCCACUUUCAUCUUUACAUAGACUUGUUUGAGCUUUAUACCCACUUGUUAUCUUUUUUAGGUAUUCGUAAGCCCUCUAACUCCUUUGUUUUUGAAAUUUUCUUCAAUUUGUUCUAUUUGUCCAUUUCCAUAGGCUCUCUUUUUAUUUCUACAUAUCUUGUCUGCUUUCCGUCUUGCGACUUCAAAUAAUAUUCGUCUUUCUCGUGUUCUUCUUGUUGUGUACAUUUUGUGUGCUUUAUUUCUUUCCUCUAUUGCUUGUCUGCACUCGUCAUCAAACCAUGCUCCUCUUCUCUCCUUUUUCUCUCUCUAACUAAAUAAUCUAAAGGAACAUACAAGAGUGCAUACUGGUGAGAAACCUUAUCAGUGUGAAAUUUGUUUGAAGAGGCUUGCUGUAAAUUCUAAUUUAAAAUUACAUAUUACAACACACACUCUAGAAAAACCUUAAUGAUGCAAAAUUUGUUUUGAGUCUUUCUAUCGACGAGAUUGUUUGAAAAGUCAUAUGAGCAGUGGCGGUUCUAGACCAAAAAACUGGGGGGGGGGGGGGCAAGGGAACUCAACCGGUAUAUAAACAAGAUAACGUGCCUUUUUAACGAAGACUAUAGUUCAAAAGUCCUGUAGAAAUUGGGGGGGCCGCUGCCCCCCUGCCCCAGGCUAGAACCGCCACUGCAUAUGAGAUUGCACGGUGGGAUAGAAUCUUCCUAGUGCUUUACUUACUCCAAAUAGAAAACUUCAAGAAAAAUGCUCCUGGAUCCUGACGAUGCUUACCAAAUAUUUGUAUGCAAAACCGGUUGUCAGAGGUACAAUAAACUGAUUAUAACUG